AUGAAUGGUCCGAAGCCUGCGACGACGCCCUAUGCUGCUUCCUCGCAGUCUACGACUCCAUAUUCUCAAGGGCCGUAUCAGGCAUACUACCCGACGACGAGUCAGUUCCAGCCGGGUAUGAACCCCGUCUCGGCGCAGACGCAGUACCAGGCGCCGGCGAGUCAGUCUCAGUUGAACGCGCACACACUGCCGAGUCAGUAUGGUGUGACCGCGCCUGGAGCACCGACCCCGGCUCCGACUAGUCAGUUCGGUCCGAGCAUGACGGUCCCGAGUCAGUCGAUGGGGAGUCGGAGUCAGUUGCCGGCAGGUUACGGUGUUGCGGCUGAAGGGUACGUUGCCCCGGGGGGCAGUGCCGGAUCUUACGGGCAGGCGAAGCAAACGAGCGGCAUGUAUGGCGCCUCCUACGACGCGAGUGGCUCGCAGGCUGCCAUGGCGUCAGGUUCUGUCGCCGGUGGGUCUCUGUCAGGUGGUGGGCGGGUUCCUCCCAACCAAGUCCCUUCGUAUGCCGGUGCCGCUGCCGGCGGACAGCCGCCCCCGUAUCCCGGUGGAGCACACGCCGGUGGACAACCACCGUACUCCGGACAAGCGGGAUACCCUGCAACCACUUACGGGACGCAGCGGGCUGAACCGGGACAUGGCCCGUACCCGGCUGGUACCUCCUACCCGACCGGGUACCCUACUGGAGGCGCACCGGCUUUAAUUUCAGCACAACCUCAACCGAGCGCAUCUCUUGUCCAAGUGAGUGCGAGCGUGUUCCCUAACUCACAAGGUGUGCGAGGACGUGCUAAUAUACCGCUCGGUGCCGUGUACACCCUCAUGAAAGAAGAACUGCCGGUCGUCAAUCCGCCUACUCAGAAGCUGAUCCGUUGCGCUAAAUGCCGUGCGUACGUUAAUUGCUAUGUCGAGUUCCGUGACGGUGGCAGCAAAUGGGGCUGCAACAUAUGUGCACAUAUCAACGACGUGCCCAACGACUUUUACUGCUCACUACUCGCUAACGGUGAACGCCAAGACAAGUUUGAGAAGCCUGAACUCUCACAGGCCGCCGUCGAAUUCGUUGCCACACCCGACUACAUGACUCGACCCCCAAUGGCACCCGCAUACGUACUACUCCUUGACGUCUCCAAACCUGCCGUACAAUCAGGCUUCGUUCACAGCGUAUGCCAGAGCUUUAGAAAACUCAUCGAACUUGACAAAUUCCCCGGACUUGAACGGGCACAAAUAUGCAUCAUGACCUACGACGCAAACAUAUACUUUUAUACACCCGGCUCAGAAAUACCACACGUAGGAAUGUUUCCACGCAACUCUACCGCACUCAGAUGCACUGUCGGCACAGGCGAGGUGUUUCUGCCGUCGAAUGAUCUUUUGAUUCAUAUUAAGGACAACAAGGAUAAGCUUCUUCAUUUGUUAGACAACUUGAAUUCAUACUGGACGGAUCAGGUGUCUGAGGAGUCAUCAGUGGCAGGUGCGUUGACAGCGGCGAAGCUGAUUUUGCGGCCAGUGGGUGGUAAGAUUUUAUUAUGUCAGAGUACGUUGCCACUGGCUCCUGAGUUGGGUUUAAAUCCCUCUCAUGACAUGCGGAAGAAGGAUAGUAAAGGUCGGUCUACGACGAACCACGCGUUGCCGGAUCCGGUGGAUGGUGUGAAGCCGUCUUCGCCUUUCUUUAGUUCGUUGGCCGCACAAUUAGCGCAAUUGCAGAUUGCGGUGGACACGUUUGUGGCGCCAGCGUUGCCAGUACCUAUGGACGUGGCGACGAUCGGACAGUUGGCGCGAAAUACCGGCGGCCAGGUGUACUAUUACCCAUCGUUUAGUGGCGAAGUUUACUUAUCUAAAUUGGCUCAUGACGUGGAUCAGGCGGUGGCGGGAGUUGCUGGAUGGGAAGGUGUAAUGCGUGUUCGAUGCACGAAAACAUGGAAGAUCACCAAAUACCAUGGUAACUACUGUUUCCGAGGUGUGGACUUGUUGAUGUUACCCAGCUUCGCUAAGGAGCAUACCGUUUCGGUACAGUUCGAACCGAACGAAAGUGUUACGAUUGAAAAGGAGUGCUAUGUGCAGGCCGCCGUGCUUUACACUACGAGCGCUGGCGAACGACGGAUCCGGGUGGUGAAUCACUGCAUGGCGACCUCGCCAAAUCUACGUGACAUCGCCACGGGCGUGAAUGUGCCAGCAACGAUGUAUUUGGUUGCACACAACGCCAUGGACGAAUGCUACGCGGGAAAGCUGGCGGACGGACGCGGUUACAUCCAUUCGCAAGCCGGGCAUCUGGUGUCGCUACUAAGCUUAAUUACCCCGUUAACGCCACCCACGGCCGACCCUAGCUACGCACUUGACGCUGGCAACGCAAUUCAACAGGCCACACUCUUCUGUGCGGGUCUCAUCAAAAGCACCGCAUUCCGCGACGGCCGUGACGUGUCUGCUGACGAACGAGUCGUCGCUUGGAACCGACUGCGCAGUUUUACUCUCGCCGAGGUCGUCAGCUACGUCUUACCCAAACUGCUAGAGAUCAGCCAACUUCCGCCCCAAGCUGGAGUUAUGCUAGACAACGGGGAUUGCAGUCUACCCGGCACUUACCGCCUCACCAAUCGUGUGCUAAACCCACAAGGUGCUUACCUACUCGCCAACGCCGAACACCUUCUGCUCUGGCUCGGACGGGCUGUAAGCUCCGACUGGCUUCGUGCAGUCUUCGGCGUCAAUUCUACCCAAGAAGUCCACUCUUACGCCUGGGAUAAUAUCCCUGCCACCACACUACCGGGACAAAAAUUACAUAACAUCGUCACCUACUUCCGGAAACAACACUGCAGCUACCUACCACUCAUCAUCUGCAAACAAGGCGAACCACUCGAAGCACGCUUCGUACAACUGCUCAUCGAAGAUAAAAACCAUUCCAUGGGCGCUGGCUUCCUAGAACUCUGGGACAAAUUCACCAAGAAUGCCGCCUCUCGGACGCAACAGUACAUGCGGAGCGGUUAA